AUGAUGUUCUUCUGGGUCUUGUUGUUUCUUUCCCUUCGGAGUAUUCUCGCCGAAGCAGAACCCGAUAAUGAUUUGAUGUCCUUUGUUACCCUCCCGGAAGUGAGGGCCCUGAAAUUCAAUGUCGCCUACUACGAUCGUGAAGCCGUGAGCCCGGGCUAUUGGUUCGUGGCGCCGUACGGUGUCAUCGAUCCAGAGGCUCCCACGAAGCAAUGGAAGCCCUGCCAAGUCGGCCCAUACAUCUAUGAUGCAGAUGGCUCUCUCGUCUGGGCUGGAUCCUGCAUGUUCGAUAACCGCAACGUUUUCGAUUUUAAGGCGGUCCACAACAUUGACGACCAGCCUCACUUGUCAUUCAUCCUGCAGCACGCCUAUCACGAUGACGGCAAGGACAAGGGUCUUGGGUACAUUCUGGACCAACACUACGAACCGGAGAAUGCGGUUCGCGUGACCAACGAUCUCAGCUCUUUCAACAUGCACGACUUUAACAUCCUCGAUGGGGGCAAGACCGCCUUGGCCUGUGCGUAUCGCAAUGAGUUCGUCGACCUGGGUGACCUUGGCCGUCCCGAGGAAUACGGCUGGAUCGUCGCCGGUGGGUUCGUGGAAAUGGACACGGCCACCGGGGAGGUCCUGUUCGAGUGGAGCUCUCUGGGUCAGAUCCCCAUCCAUGAGUCCGUCAAGGUGUUACCCAACUCGCCCCCGGCCGGGGAACCGGGCUGGGACUACGUGCAUGUCAACUCGAUCGAUAAGAACGCCGCCGGCGACUACCUCCUGUCGGCGCGGUUCACCAACACGAUCUACCUCAUCUCCGGCGACGAUGGCCACAUCAUCUGGCGUCUGGGCGGCAAGUCCUCCGAUUUCAUCAUGGACUUUACCUUCUCCAAGCAGCACCACGCGCGCUUCGUGGAAUCCACUGCGAACCGCACCGUCAUCUCCUUCCUCAACAACGCCUCGGACGAGCUGGAGCAGGGCGAGGACACGUCCGCCGCGCUCUUCGUCGAGCUCAACACCACCGCCUCGCCGAUGACCGCACGGCUGCUCAACCGCUACAACCGGCCUGACGGCAGCCUCACGCGGCUGCGCGGCAGCGUGCAGACGCUCCCCAACGGCAACGUGUUCGUGGGCUGGAGCGAGCGCGGCUUCCAGAGCGAGCACUCGCCCGACGGCAAGGUGCUCAUGCAGGCCAGCUUCGCGUCGACACGAUUCUCCACCUACCGAUCGUACAAGUUUCCGUUCGUGGGGCGGCCGCUAACGCCGCCGGACGUCGUAGCCUCGGUCUACGGCACCGAGGAGGCGGACCUCACGACCAUCUUCCACGUCAGCUGGAACGGCGCCACGGAUGUGGCGACGUGGAACUUCUACGCGCGCGUGGCCCGCGACGGCGUCCCCGUCUUCGUCGGCAACACCACCAAGCUCGACUUCGAGACCAUGUACAUCGCCGACGGCUACCUGGACUGGGUGUCGGUCGAGGCCGUCGACCGCGACGGCAAUGUGCUGGGCACCUCGAACGUGCACCGCACCGAGACGCCCGGCAACUGGCGCCUGGCCGGCUUCCAGGGCGACCUCAAGCCCACGCCCGACGACCCGUCCAUCCUGUACGGGAAGAAGACCGCCGCGGCCGAGGUCGAGGACGUCGAGGACCCCGUCGACGAGUACAGCCAGGCCAAGGAGGCCGCCAAGGCCGUCUACAAGGCCUACGAGGUGCUCCGCGGCGUCGGCGGCCUCCUCAUCUCCGUCUCCAUUCUGUGCUCCGUGGGCGGGCUCCUGGCGGGCGCGUAUUGGUACCUCCGUCGUCGUCGUAUGCAGGCAUACCUCGAAGUCCCGUCCGAGGAAGGCCACCCGAUGGUGGAGCGGUCGUAA